GUGCAACUAGAACACAAGGUCACGGAUACUGAACUCCAGUCUUUACACCUAUUUAUGGCGUCUCCAGCGGAAAGGGAAGGACGGUUGGCAGUUUCUGCCAAUGCCCGACCAAGCGAGGGGAUCAAACAAACCAAGGAACGGCGACCAGGCCAAUUCUCAAGGCACCCAAUCUCUCAGCUGCAGGGACCCUUCGAGGAAUCGAUACAGGAAGCCAUUGGCAUUGGGAACGGUAGAUGGGUAGCCAAUAUUGAUGCUCAAUCUCGGCGCAAACUCCUACUCGAAAGCCCCAAGUAUGAACGGCUUUGUGGCAGGAAAUGGCGCCAGAGAGCCGAUGAAAGAUAUCACCCCCUAUGGAAACUCAUCGCCCAGAUGUCCUUUGGGGUCCACCUCCUAGUUGGAAAACUCGCCAAGUCCGACGUGGAGGUCUUGAAAAUCCUUCAGGUUCAUGUAGACGAGAUGGAUGGAUUUCUUAAGAGGACCUCGGAAGAUUUUCUAAUCAUCCAGAUUGACGUGCGCACACGGAGUAAGUAUCUUAGCCUACCUCUCGAGAAUCUAAUGAUUUUCGAUGAGAUGCUGGAGGAGCGCAGUUUCCGUGGCUCUAUGAUCGAAUAUAAUGACAGGAUCGAACACGCCAUUGAUCGAUUCGCAACUGCGAUCGAAGAUUCCCUGAAAGACAUCCAAAAAGGCCGGGAGGCGGUGGGUGCGCUAUGGACAUACCUUCAACAGUCAGCCGAAAAGCAUAGUCCAUUGCCUGUUAGACUACUGGCUGUCUACCAAGCUAUGCUCGCAAACGCGGAGGGCUGGAACAUAGCACUUUCGAAUCUCCGUCGGAAAGGUGUCGCUCUACAAUCGGCCCUUCUUCAGCUUGGCCUAGCCACGACAGAGCUGCAGCGACGUGUGGGAGUAGCAAGUCGAAAAGCUGUUGUGUCCUACAUGCGAAGUACCAAUGGAUUGACCCGAAAGAAAUCACUGCGGCAACGAUUCAUGGAAAGAGGCUCAUUCGUUAGCGCACCGGCCUCGACUCCGAACAAACCUCUUCCCCGUGUUCCGGACCGUCCGGCGACGGCGACCCUCUCCCGGUCGACUGACCGUAAUAGGCUCACGCAGAAGAGUGUUCCGAAUCUCAGGGCGGCCAGGGAGAAUGACGAGCGUAAUGCGCACACGAAGCUACCAGACCGAGCCAAGUCUGUCAACGGUACUACUGACGGCUUCGACUCAGAAGGCUUUGUGCUUAAGCUUCGCCGUCUCUCCAGAUCCAAGCUCAGAACAAGGGAACUUGCAAGCGAACAUCCAGAACCCCUACCAGUGCGCCCUUCCACUGCACCUUCCAGGGCGUCGAAAGCUCGAAGUAUAUAUCUGGAACCACUGAAGUCCCUGCACAAAAGUAAAAGGGAACCAAGUCAGACGGCUCAUACUUCAAUGGUGCCAGCUCAAACGGAACGUCCGGUUGCUGCUCAACCUUCAGCGAGACGAGAAACGAUGAAAAACCAAUUACUGCAGUAUUUCAAAUCCGACAAAGUGGUUGAUGCUUGGGAACAUGAAACGCAAAAAGAGAAAAACAAUACCGAGGAUUCCUCCCAGGCCAAAAAGGCCGGCCCUUGGAGCGAGUUUUGUGCAGAGUCGUCCAUCAAUGACGAUGGCUGUCUACAAAUAAGAUCGGACAUGGUCGGAUCUGAUCUGAACAAUGAUAUGGCAUGGCUCCAGGAGGAUGCUGGCGCGAUGACUACUUAUUCCUUAAAGUCAAAGAGGGAUGUCGGACCCAGGAUCCACGUCCUUUCGGUCCAAUUUAGCCUUGCGCAGGAUGAUAACGAACUAGAAAACCAAGACCCUGAAGCGGAGCUUGAAGAUACACAAUCGGUCAUAACAGCUCUUCCUUCCAUACCAGCCGCGCCGGUGAAUACGGAAGAAUUCCAUCCUCAUUCGCUUUAUCCUGGAUACAAUCUCGGACAUCCCUCUGAGCCUGCCACGGUCUUUACCUGAUAAGGCCAGGAUAUUUCCAGGCGGCUUCAAGCCUGCCGAGCAUGCCAUCUGAAAGUCCAAGUUCAGUGUCACUGGGGCCGAAGUUCGCCACACAUUGUUGCUUGAACAACCGAUCCGUUUGCGAUGUGGAACAAGGCAAGCAGCAAGUCCUUGUGCCUUUCGGGCCCGGGAAUAUCUUGUAAUACCCCCAAUACGGAUUACUACUCUGUACGACAAAUUCUAGUUUCGGCCCUGUGAGCCACGCGACCAGAACGCAAAGGCAGUGCAACCAAUACAACGACAACAAGAUAGGGUGAAGCAAGUAUCUAUCUAUCUCUGUUGUAUAUGCGCCUACGUAUUUUCGUGUUCACAUUGUAGUCAGGUCGUGGCGUUCCCAUAUCAGACGGAACCUUGAGUACCUCAGCAGCUUUGCGGCCAUAGGACAUCGUCUACUGGCUUACGCGCGUAAGAUGCACGGCGCGGUACAUCUAGCUGGAAC